AAAAACCCCUCUGCAAUUAAUUGCAUGGCCAGGCUGCAAAUAAGAGUUUACACACAUAUGUCUGUGUGUAUUUGAGCGCCGGGACAGUGCGGUCGGAAGACGUGUUGUAAGAUCCUUGCAUGUGCACCGGAAGUUCCCUGUGCAGGCUCCGGGUGUAUUAUUUCCUGUUUACAGGCGGGAAGAGUGAACCUUUCCUUGCACUUUUGCCUCUGAGUGUUUCUCUGCUUGUAGCCCGAGGAUCUUCAAAACACGAAACGCCGAAAAAAAUCAUCUCUUCGUUCUUGUUCCUUCCCAGCGGCGAGAAGAUGGCGACGUUGGCGGACGCGGGGGAGUCGGACCGGGACCGAGAAGGAUAUCAAGACCGGGAGCCAACGCCUGCAGCUGCAGCCGGGGCCGUGCUGGAAGUGUCGGCCCCGGGCACUGUGCCUUUGAGGCUGCUAGAAUGGAGCGUGAAAGUCGGCUGCCCCGUGCAGAUCGGCUCGGUGCUGGCUCACUGCCUCCCCGUGGAGCCGGACGGUGGAGCCGAACGCGAAAGGCCCCGGCCCCGGCCGCAGGAGAAGAGGGUGAAGUCCGACCGGGCUGGGGUGGUGAAGGAGCUUUGCUGGCAACCGGGCCAAGUGGUGCCCAGCGGGGCUGUCUUGGUGCGACUGGAGGGAUGCAAUCAUCCUGUCAUCAUGAAAGGUCUCUGUGCAGCAUGCGGUCAAGACUUGACUCAGUUACAGAAGAGGAAUGGGAAGCAGAUAGUACCAGUCGCCACAGCAACAGUUUCCAUGGUUCACAGUGUUCCAGAGCUGAUGGUGAGCUCUGAGCAAGCGGAGCAAUUGGGUCGAGAGGAUCAGCAGUGGCUGCACAAGAACCGGAAGUUAGUGUUGAUGGUGGACCUGGAUCAGACUUUAAUCCACACGACAGAGCAGUUGUACCAAAGAAUACCCAACAAGGGAAUAAUUCACUUCCAGCUCGGCAGAGGAGAGCCAAUGCUGCACACGCGCCUGAGACCACAAUGUAAAGAGUUCCUGGAUAAAAUAGCUAAACUCUACGAGCUGCAUGUAUUCACCUUUGGCAGCAGACUCUACGCUCACACCAUUGCAGGUUUUCUGGAUCCAGAAAAGAAACUUUUUUCGCAUCGAAUUUUGUCAAGAGAUGAGUGCAUCGAUCCAUAUUCUAAGACCGGCAACCUGUCAAACCUCUUUCCAUGUGGCGAUUCGAUGGUUUGCAUCAUUGAUGAUCGAGAAGAUGUCUGGAAGUUUGCACCCAACUUAAUAGUGGUUAAAAAGUACACUUAUUUUCAAGGAACAGGAGAUAUCAACGCUCCACCGGGAUCAAAAGAUGCACCAGUGAAAAAGAGGGUAAACCACUCUUCAAAGCACACAGAAGGAUUGGAGCAGCCAGUGACCAUUUCACCUGAUGCUGACAGUACAAGCAACAGGUGUGGCGAGGGAACGGAGACAACAGAGGAGAGUAAUGGUCUUCUGGAGUGUUCCAAGAAGCAGAAUGGUAGCAAUAGUAUUCUUAAGGAUGAAUCAUUAAAAUGUGCUGAAUCUUUAGAAUGUGAUUCCAGUGCAAACGCUUUACAUAAAAAAAUACAUGAAAGGAUACCUUCAUGUGACGCCAGCCUCUCCCAGACAAAAACUGAUAGUACUGAUGCUUUUGAUAAAACAAAAGAGUCUGAACAGUCGUCAGAGUGUGGAGUUACACCAGUGGAGAGCAGCUUGGGACAGUCUGCCAAGGAAGGCGAAAGUCUUUUAGCAGCAGGUAGCAGUGAGCUUGACUUUGACCUGUCGAGUGACAGUGAAAGUGAACCGGAGGGGGGAAAACAAGGCUCCACCUCCCCCUCGCCCACCCCCAGCUUGGACAGCGAGAAGAAUGCGACAAAGAAGAAGACGAGGAAACAGCGAAAGGGGGCAAAACGUAACCACUCGGAGAAGGAGAAGGUGCUUGAUUUACUGGAGAGCGAUACGCGGGGUAAGGGUGACGAUCAGGAGCCCGAGUCAGAUGCUGUCCAAGACGUGCUUGGUGAUGUGGGAAACGGGUGCACCGACAAGAAAGAAGCUGAGACUGAAUCUCAGAACAGCGAACAGUCUGGUGUGACCAUGGGCGAGUCCCUGGAUCAAAGCAUGGAUGUGGAAGAGGAGGAGGAGGAGGAGGACCAAGAUGAGGAUGACCAUUUGAUUCAUUUGGAAAUGAUCCUCAACCAAGUCCACACUGAGUAUUAUGCCCAGUAUAAGAAGUACCUCGAAAAGGAAAGACAAGUGCCUGAUCUGAGGAAGAUUGUUCCAGAACUGAAGAGCAAGGCACUUGAAGGCACGAGAAUAAUAUUCAGUGGAAUCUACCCAACAAACUACCCCAUGGAAAAGACAAGAGAGUGGUAUCAUGCCACAGCCCUUGGAGCCAAGGUUAGCAAAACCUUAUCUUUGAAUCCCAAAGAUCCCAACAGGACAACUCACUUAGUUGCUGCUCGUCCUGGAACUGAGAAAGUUCGACAAGCGUUAGCUUCAAAGCAUCUUCACGUGGUAAACCCGGACUGGUUAUGGUGCUCUCUAGAACGUUGGGAAAGAGUUGAGGAGAAGCUAUUCCCACUGAUAGAAGACUACGUCAAAACGCAAAGAGCCAACAGCCCUGCAAGUUUCCCUGAGCUACAAGGUGGUUUUCAAAUACCGCUGUUUCAUCCAACUCCCAUUCAUCCGAAGGCACAGCCUGGGCCGGAUGUCCGCAUUUACGAUCCUAACACUGGGAAACUAAUCCGGAAGGACUCGCAGGGAAACAGGCAAUCCGCGUACAUCCAACCCCCAGCAGCUCCUGUGAAGUUGCCGGUUCAUGGAGAACAAUCGUCGUUCAGGGUUGUGCAGCCUCACCAGCACCACAUCUUGGAUGAAGAUGAGCUUCCGAACUCCGGUCAGAGCGACGAAAAGCCUGGCCCAUCGCGCCCCGCAGGGCGGAAACGCCAGCCCAGCAUGUCCGAGACGAUGCCCCUCUACACACUCUGCAAGGAGGAUUUGGAGAGUAUGGACAAAGAGGUCGACGACAUCUUGGGAGAAGACAGUGAUAAUGAAAGUGAGAGUGAGAAAGAAGAGAAGUUGAAGGAGCACCAGGAACAGCCCCAGGAGGAGGUGCAACAGCCACAGCAACUGAGUGGCGAACACGGAGUGACAAAAAAUCUGAAGACGGAAGUGGAAACAAGGCCUAAGUCAUCAUCCAGUGAAGGAAGCUUACCGGGCACAGCUGUCAGGGGCCGCAAACGUAAGUUGGAGGAAGAUGGAGCUGCCAGCGAUUCCAGCAAGCUCUCCAGCAACGAAGACGAUAGCAGUUCGGAAGCGGACGAGAUGGCAGCAGCGCUUGAAGCGGAGCUGAACGAUUUCAUUUGAGGUUGCCACUCUGGGCCGAAAGUUUACUUAAAGCGCCACUUCUUGGACUGAAGACCCUGGAAUGUUGUACAUUUUUUUUGUUGCCACCCUUACAAAAUAAUAUGCCAGAACCAGUAACCAGAUUUCAAAAUUGAAACUUCAUGCUUUUUUACAAGGGAACAAGAUUCUUAGUUUUUUUUCUUCAUUUUAAAUGUAAAAACGUUGGGUUGGGCUCAGAUAGGAGGGGGGCUGGUAAAGGGGUUUGGUGAGCGGGGAGGAGGAAUGUUUCUGGAAUGUAGUACUAUUACGGCGGGCUGGUGAAAUAAGCCAAAGAAUGUAGGGGUCAUCGAAGCCUCUGUACGAGAGUACAAACUGUGUGAUCUUUUGAUAGCAAGGAAAUUCUUCAUUGGCCCUCUUGUGAAGGGUUUAUCGACUUGCAACUAUGGACGCGAGCUAACAAUUUUCCGGGAGGGUGGGUAAGGGUUACCUACAAUUCGAUUCAAUGACUAGUUUGUUGCAUUUCAUGGUUUUGCAAGAGAAGUUGAGUUGCAGACUAGUUGGGUUCUUCAGAAGAACAUUGUGUAGAUUUUUAUUCUAAACCCCUGUGUAACGAGUGGUUCUGGUGCAGAAUGUUACACGGUCGUCAAUUACCGUAAGCUUUAUUUUCCCCUCCAUUCAUCAUCAGUUUCACACAGAGAAAUGCAGCUAGGAUUUCCUAGUUAAGGAUUUUAUUUUAUUAUUUCUUUGUUUGCAGAACCAAUGUAAAGUUUUUGUAUAUUCAAUUUCAUAUUUGACACACUGAAAAAAUUUCUUUCAUUAAAUAAAGAUUAAAAAAAUUAUUUUGUA